UAUCCAAAGAAACUGUACAAAAUAACGAGCACUGCGGAAAACAAUGGAUAUGCUAUCUUCAUUUUCUGAUCAGGAAAAACAAUUGGCGAGUAAUCUUUGUUUAUCGAACGACCCAUCAUUGAGCCUAUAAAGUCUUACGCACAGCUCCCACGCCAACGCAGAGACCGACACAACAGUGCAGCAAGCUAUUCGCAGCCCCCCUCUCUCCCAAAGCUAAUUCCUACUCCCUUUCUUCCUUCCUUCCUAAACCGACAUCGAGGAGAAAGCCCAAGGCAUUUCUCCCUCCUCCUCCAUUGAUGGGGUGCAAGUCGUGCCAGAAGCCCAAGGCGCACCAUCGGAAGGGCCUGUGGUCGCCGGAGGAGGACCAGAAGCUCCGCGACUACAUCAUCCGUUAUGGCCAUAGCUGCUGGAGCACCGUCCCCGUCAAGGCUGGACUGCAGCGGAACGGCAAGAGCUGCAGGCUGAGAUGGAUCAACUACCUGAGGCCGGGGCUGAAGCACGGCAUGUUCUCCCAGGAGGAAGAAGAGACCGUCAUGAGCCUCCACGCCACACUGGGCAACAAAUGGUCUCGGAUAGCGCAGCAUCUGCCAGGCCGGACCGACAACGAGGUGAAGAACUACUGGAACUCGUACCUGAAGAAGCGCGUGGAGGGCGCGCAGGCGGCACCAGCCAAAUCCGCCGGCUCGGACUCGCCCCAGAGCCCGACGGCGGCGCUCAGCGAGAGCGGCGUUAAACGGCCGGAGAACUCCGGCUCGUCCGGGCCGCCGGAAUCGUCGUCGGCCGACGACUCGAGCUGCCUCACGGGGCCCGCCGGCGCCGCCGCGGCCCUGAUCCGGCCGCACGCGCCCGUGCUCCCCAAGGUCAUGUUCGCGGACUGGCUCGACAUGGACAUGGACUACGGCACGGGCCUGAUGGCGCCGGGCCUGGACGCGGGCUUCGGAGCGGGCCGGUGCAGCAGCCCGGCCCAGGGCGCCGCGAGCCAGCAGGGGUCCGUGCAGGUCGACGGCCCAUCGUGCAGCGCCGUGGAUUCCUUGCACGGGCUCGGCGGCGGCAUCUGCUGGGACUUCGACGCGGCGGAUCAGAUGCACAUGCAGAGCGGGGGAGGAGGGUUCUGCGACCUGCUCUCCAUGAGCGAGUUCCUUGGGAUCAACUAGGCCAGACCGAUCGUUCUUCGCCGAGUGUGGAUUCGUUGUUCGGUGUUGUAAAUCGUGUGCCGUGAUUGUGCAGUUUUAAGUUUAGCGUACGUGUAGCGAGCAAAUUAAGCUUUUGUUCUUCGUAAAUUUGUAGCCCGCUCUUUGUUCUGGAGGACGUACAGAAAGAAUAACGGGAACAGAGCGCAAGGAUUUCAUGGUCCAGCACUUCCGACUGGAUUUUCUUGUGUGACAGAGGGAGUAAAAGAUAUUUCAAACUAGUGCAAGUGGAAUUAUUACCAUAACAAA